CCGCCCGCGCCGCUGGGGGCCGCCCGCGGGCCGCGCCGGCCAGAGCGCGCCGUGCGCCCCGGGCCCCGCGCCGGCACACGCUCGGCUGCCGCGGCGGCGACGAGAACGGCGGCGGUGGAGCCGGGCCGGGCGGCAGGAAUGCGGAACCGGCGCGCGGGCUGAGCUGCUCAGGAUGGCGCAGGGGCGGCGGCGGCGGGCGGCCUGCGCGGGGCCGUAGCGCGGCGGGGCGGACGCUCCCCACCCGGCGUCGCGGGGGGCGGCAACGCGGCCAUGGCCAAGGAGCGGCGGAAGGCCGUGCUGGAGCUGCUGCAGCGGCCGGCGAACGCGCGCUGCGCGGACUGCGGCGCCCCGGAUCCUGACUGGGCCUCAUACACCCUAGGGGUGUUCAUCUGUCUGAGCUGCUCUGGAAUUCACCGGAACAUCCCUCAGGUCAGCAAGGUGAAGUCCGUCCGCCUGGACGCCUGGGAGGAUGCCCAAGUGGAGUUCAUGACCUCCCGCGGAAACCAUGUCGCCAGAGCCACAUUCGAGUCCAAAGUGCCCCCCUUCUACUACCGGCCCUCGGCCUCCGACUGCCAACUCCUGCGGGAACAGUGGAUCCGGGCCAAGUACGAACGGCAGGAGUUCACCCACCCCGAGCGUCAGGAACCCUACUCUGCAGGGUACCGAGAAGGCUUUCUCUGGAAGCGCGGCCGGGACAACGGGCAGUUCUUAAGCCGGAAGUUUGUGCUGACGGAACGCGAGGGGGCCCUCAAGUAUUUCAACAGAAGUGACGCCAAGGAGCCCAAGGCCAUCAUGAAGAUCGAGCAUCUGAAUGCCACCUUCCAGCCGGCCAAGAUCGGUCACCCGCAUGGCCUGCAGGUCACCUACCUGAAAGACAACAGUACUCGAAACAUCUUCGUCUACCACGAGGACGGCAAGAUGGUGGACUGGUUCAACGCGCUCCGUGCUGCCCGCUUCCACUACCUGCAGGUGGCCUUCCCAGGGGCCAGCGACGCGGACCUGGUGCCGAAGCUGUCCCGGAACUACCUUCAGGAAGGCUACAUGGAGAAGACGGGGCCCAAGCAGACGGAAGGCUUCCGCAAGCGCUGGUUCACCAUGGACGACCGGAGGCUCAUGUACUUCAAGGACCCCCUGGACGCCUUCGCCCGCGGGGAGGUCUUCAUCGGCAGCAGGGAGAGUGGCUACACGGUGCUGGACGGGCUCCCGCCGUCCACCCAGGGCCACCACUGGCCGCACGGCAUCACCAUCGUCACGCCAGAGCGCCGGUUCCUACUAGCCUGCGAAACGGAGUCAGAGCAGCGGGCGUGGAUGGAGGUCUUCCGGAAGGUGGUGGACAGGCCCAUGCUGCCCCAGGAGUACGCAGUGGAAGCCCACUUCAAGCACAAACCCUAACACGAGACGGUCCUGGAGGCCUGAGGACUCCGGACUCACCAGACGUGGCAGGCGAGGCGGUGGCGGCGGCCGGCGGAAGGAGGGACCCGGCAGCCCCCGACGUGGCCAGGUGGGGCCUGAGCUUUAGCCGCUAGGACCUGUUUCUUUGGAACACCACUGGGAGCCGGCCCGGCCCGACCCCGCCAUGCCGCUGCCCCCGGUGUGACGCCCACAGCCCCCCACUCGCCUCCCCGCCCGCCAGACCACCUCCUCUGAGGCCCCCCCAGUUGCCGCCACCCACCUCCGCGGGACCCCACCCCUGACCAGGAGGCCGGGCUGCGGGGACAGAGGACCCACCUGCAUGCCCCCAACCCCGCCGUGUCCCCUCACUCCCCCCACCCUCCCCCAACAAGUAUUUAUUGAACAUCCGCUGUCAGUUGUGGGGUCCCGGGGGCUGGCGUGGCAGACAGGGCCCUGGCUCCCUCAGCAAGCCGACCCGCGUGUCCGCGGGGGUCCCGGGGGUCAGAGGCCCCGACAGCUGGAGCCCCCCGGGCCUGGGCCACAGGGCUGGCUGCACCCACCCCCGCCCCCAGCCUGGGCACUUCCCACGCCGGCUCCGGACUCAGCGCUGACAUGACCCGCCCUCCGCCUGCCCUCACGGUCUUCGAACCCUUGGAGGAUGGAGGCCCGGGUCGCCGCCCGGACCCCAGCGUGCCGCUCGCCGGUGGUUACCGCCACCGUGCCUCUCCCCGGGUGCCCUGGGGGGAUGGGGGACAUCUGUGGGAACAUACUUGCGGGAGGAGGUAAGGGAGGGAAGGAACCCUGUGUGGUGGAGAACUUGGGGGCAGGAUGUGCAUGGGGGUCCCAUCUCCCCAGGAAAUCAGUGUGUAGUUGAGGGCGUCACCUGCUGGGUUAUGUGGGCGGCGUCCUGUGUGGCUGAGAUGUGCUCCCAGGGGAGCCCUGGUCCAGCUGUUGGGACCAGGAGAGGGGCCCUGAGCCAGGGUGUCCCCCCCACAUCACAUCUUGGAAUAAAGUGGGGGCUCUGGGCCCCCAGGAAAGGGACACCCCCAGGAGAGGGGCACGCAAGGGCCUCGGCCCGGCUGUGGGCGACACCCGAGGGAUGAGGGAAGGCACCCUUCCUCCGAGCCCCCAUCAUCAUCUCCCCUCACAUCUGAGCGAGCGCCCACAGCUCAGACCCAUCGUGCACCUGGAUUCUGAGCAGGGACUGCAGGGUAAAAGGGGGAGCACAAGGCCCCCCUCCCCCGACAGUGGGGUCCCCAAGAUGGCUGGGCCGGGGGUGAGAACAGCCGCGGGCUCACCCAGGGCCACGGCCCCUUUCUCCCCUAAACCCUUCCUGCCCCAGGCGGUACCUCCUAGCCCAGGCGAGGCUGCGGGGUCACCCUUUCCCUGAGAACCCAGGUCCACUGUCUUCCAGAUGAGGCAGAAGGACUCGCCCUGGGCCAGAAGCGAAGGCCCGGGCUCCCCUAGACCUUCCUGACCACGCAGGGCCACCCAGCCUCGGGCCCUGGGAGCUCGGGCACCCGCUUGGCGCCAGCGUGAGGUCCGUGCACUUGUGUCUGAGCGUGUGCACACCCACAUGCUCUACCCAGAAAACUCCAGAGAGAAACGACAAAAUACCCUGAACCAGCUGCACGACCGGCGGGAAGAAUUUCUCGGACGAGGCAGGACCCCUAUGGUCCACACCAGGCCCGCCCCUCCUGCUGGCAGGGCCCCCGCCCUGGUCCUCAGGCCCGAGGCUGGCGCAGGCUCGGGCAGCCCCUGCACAGAGGUGGGGGAGUCGCAGAGACACAGGCGGCCGCCUGCGACAACAGCACGACGUGUCCCACUCACAGCGCUGAGACCACAGGGCGCCCCCAGCCCCAUAGGCUGCUUGCAGAGCCCGUGAGGCCUCACCUGUCCGCAGGUUGGGCUUCCACAGAUUGAAAUAAAACACCGUAUAUUUACAUCUAACAUCGCGACGCUCUCAACACUGUCUACUUGCCGCCGCCCACCGAGGACACACUCCGGACAGAACUGGAAAACACUGGUCACGGUGCCCACGCCCCUCACGGGGCUCCCUGGCCACUGCUCACAGCCCCAGCCCCGCGGCCCAGCCCACGACCAGCCCCAGGAGCUCACUCAGAAAGGACCAGUGCUGCCAAGCCCAGUAUAAAGGAUUUAUUUAAACUCAACACGAACACCAACCUUCCUUUAAAUUCCAUUUUUACAGUAAAUAAAAUUGUGUAUUCCGUUCCUUCCCAUGCAUGAUCACUGGGUAUUAAUCUACAACGCUUAUAAUUGUGAAAAAAUAAAAGUGUUUCCCAUUUUGUAA